CUGUACUCUGAAAUAAACAGAACUUUGGUUUGCAAUUUUGUAUGGAAUACAAUGAAAUUCAUGUUUUGUGGCUCAGGUUUUAUAAAUACUUUUUGGGGCCACUGUAUGUAAAGAAAGGUGGUUUAUGCAUCCAGGGGCGCUGCUACGGUUUCCCCUCUAUGCAUCUCAGCAUUUUAAAAUAAAUAUCAAACCACAAAAGCUUACUGUGAAAACUGUAAGUGUUCCUCAUGGUGAGUGAAGAGCCCUUAAGGUGUUUGCGUGCCGAGUGUAAAGAAGAAGAAGAAAAAAAAAAUACCACAGUAAGGUUAUAUGAGGUGAGUUUGCACUAAGAAAAUGCUGAUAAAUGGAAUGAUGGGUAAUUUCUGCGCUGUGUUUGGCUGCAACUUGCUCCUCUCGGUAAACAUUCCGUGGUUCUGAAAGUAGGCUAUAAUUGUGUGACAAUGUGCAAUUAGCACAGCUAAUGUGGUACAGUAACUUUUUAUCGCUGUGCAUAUUCCCAGUUGAUUGACUUUACGGGUUAUACAUUUUUCAACCUCUAUGUGGUUCCCAAACCUGUCCUGGAGGACCCCCUGCCCUGCAUAUUUUGUAUGUCUCCCUAAUCAGACACACCCAAUUUAGUUCUUGCAGUCUCUACUAACGAGCUGAUGAGUGGAAUCAGCUGUGUUAGAUACGGGAGAUAUACAAAAGGUGCAGGGCAGGGGGGCCUCCAGGAUAGGUUUGGGAAGCACGUGUUGUCCUCAAAGGUGGAUUUAUUACAAAAAAAUGUAAUCCUUAAAAUUUGCAAAUCCACCUUAUUUUGCAUCGUGGAAGUAGACUAAGUACGAAACUCCCAAUUCAUUAGCAGCUCUGCCAGAAGAAUAACAAAGUGCAGUAAACGAUAAAAAUAACUAACUUUAGAAGCUAAUGACACCGGAAUGACACCGUUGGCCACUUCCGCUCUCCUAAGGGCACUUAGUAAUGACCGGAGGCCCUCAUGUGGCCAUGAUUAAUGCAAUGUGACGCGCGUCACAACACCUGCCUGACGUCAGUAGCCGGAGUUCCGCGUGUGGAUGUGUUGUUCAUAUCAUAUGUGGAUGAGGAAUAUGAUGGAAAGUCGAGGAGUUUCAUCGAUUAUAUUUGACUUGGAUAACACGCUGGUCGAUACAGCCGGCGCAGGACGAAUUGCCAUUGAGAAGGUGUGUGAGCUGCUGAAGUCGACACAUGUACAGGAAAGCCACAUCCAAGACAUCUGUCAUCGCUUUUUACGAAAGCUUCUCCACGAAUCGUUCGACCCAUCAGAAGGAAAAACAAUAGAUGAUGUGAGGAUCCAUCACUGGUAUGAAGCCCUGCAGGAGACGCAGGGCACCGAUCCUGAUCCGGCUCUGGCCAACAGCUGCUACUACACAUGGAAGAACACACGAUUACAGGUGCUGACUCUUUCUCCUGAGGUUCGAUCCCUCCUGGAGGAACUGCGGAAGAACUAUAAACUGCUUCUGCUCACCAACGGCGAUAGUCAGACGCAGUGGGAGAAGAUCGAAGCGGUGAGAUGUGAGGGUCUCUUUAGUCUGGUGGUGGUCGGAGGAGAUCAUCCUGAGCAGAAACCGGCGCUCUCCAUCUUCACUCAUUGCUUCGAGUCUGCGGGAGUCCGGCCGAAGGACUGCAUCAUGGUGGGAGAUUCUCUCAGCACAGACAUCCAGGGAGGUAUUAAUGCAAGAGUGCGGGCCACCGUGUGGAUAAACAGUGACUGUAAAUCUCUCCCGCAGGGCUCUGUGACUCCAGACUACACUGUUCCUAGUGUACUGAAUCUAAACGAUGUUCUGCUUGAACUGAGUUGAUGUUUACAUUAAAGAAAAUUUGUAAGAAAAAUGUGAUGAAGUCUUAUAUUAGCAGCUAAGAAAAAACUGUUUUAAUCUUUAAUCUUUUGAGGUCACAUGACCAGCCAAGUGACACUGAAUGACAAUCUGAAUGUUCGACUGUCCUACUAAAUAUUCUUUCUCCAAAGUGAAUGUGUAACUUGAUCAUUAGAAAAAACAUCAUGUAACUGAUUAUGCAAAUGACCUUUUUAAUAGUUUUAUUUAGUUCAUUGACAUUAGUUAUCCAGCUAAUUAUAAGCAUUAUUAAACUGUAUUGUAUGUCUCUUAUCUUCAGAUUAUAAUUGCAUUAUUAAGAUGUUAAAAGUACCAAAUUAUUGGAAUUGUUAAAAGCGAAAUAUUACCAGAAAUGUUAAUAUUUGCCAAUACUUCAAAAAUCAUUUAAAUUGUGGAAUAAAUGAAUCAUGGGUGA